CGCUUGACUUUCGAAGAGAGGGGCCUUCCGGCCACUGGCAUGUGCGCCAUGCGCGCCAUGCGCGCCAUGCGCGCCUUGCGCGCGAUGCAAUGCGGGGGUGUUCGCAGCUUCAGCAGCCGACCCCCGAAAUCACCGUACCUGCAGCAGAGGCCGCCGCCACCAGGACCCCCACCCGCGCCGACCAAUUCCGCGGCCCCAGCACCACCUCCACCAGCGCCGGCGGCUGCGGCGGCCUCGCCGGCGGCCACACCAGCAGCGAUGGCGACGCCAGCGGCCACGGCGCAGACGGCUCCGCAGAGGUAUGGGCCGCUGGAGGUGAAUCUGAAACCGAAGGACCAGUUGAGACCUUUGCUGCCCACCUGGAACCCGCCACCCACUCGGCGUCCGGAACCGCAAGAGUUGGAGGUGAGCACACGCCUCCGGUUUCUCUUCGAGGAGAGGUGGUGGGCCGCUACGGUGCGGGAGGCCUACGACACGGAGGUGCGGGUGGGCUUCGAUGGCUGGCCGAGCCGCCAUGACCAGAUCUUGCCCCGCAACUCCGAACGCCUCUACCUGCACGAGUGCCACCACCCGGACUACGAGGCGCCCCCGGUGCCGCAGCGCUUCCAGCGGCCGCAGCCGGUGGACUCUGAGGGAAACCCGGUGGUGCGGACGAAGCCGCGGCCCAAGGUCUAUGACCCAGAGAAGGAACGCAUGAAGAGAGCCCUGAGGCCGCCGAUGCCCUUCAAUCCGGAGAAGGAGCGCCUGAAGCGUCUCUUGCGGAACCAGGUCUCCGAGUAGCUCAUUGGAGAGCUUGGUGGAUCCAUGGGACCACUCAAUUCAUGUUUCAGUUCUUGGACCC